AUAUUUCGUUCGUUUCAUUCUUCAGAUAUUACAUUUACCAGGUAGUCCUUUAAACCUACAGGCGACUUUUGCACUAUAUUAAGAGACAGUCAAUUGACUAUUGAACUGAUUUUUAGUUCAUUCAUUCAUUUCCCUACCCUUCCCGUUCGUUCCACCCUCAUAGUUGCUCAUUCUUUUUUCGUGCACGGCGACGAGCGCACGCGCCCUUUAGCUUCUCGGCUACGACAUUAUUACCUACAGAAAUGUCGAAGCGCACAGCUAAAGACAAGUUAAAAUAUUACCGUGAAAAAAUUAAACGUCUUGAAGAUCAUAAAAGACGAUACCGGAUAAUUUAUGAUUCGUCUUCAUCGGAAGAUGAAGAGGUUGUAAUGGAACAAAAUGUAGAUGGUUCCAUACCGGCUCAUGAUCCUAUUAUACAGGAACCACAACCAAACAUCGAUCCCGUAAUACCGGAACAUAAUAGUGAUGUGCCGAUGCCGGACCAUAAUAACGGGGUUCCUGUACCUGAAAAUCAGGCAGAUUUGCCCAUGUCGUCAGCUCAAUCCGAGCUCGACCCGGAUAUGCUGCUGGUUCCCGACAACUGUCGAUUGUUACAAGCACCAAAAUUAAACGUGGAGAUUUCAGCAGCCGUACCCGAUAUGGUCCGGAACCGAGACAAAAAUCUGGCUGCAACGCAGCAACAACUCGGCCACGGGAUCGCUGCCGUCAACAGGGCCAUGGAUAUUCUAAUUAAAUGUGUCGAUACCAACGGAAUCGAAUAUAUGAAACACCUCAGCAACGGCUGCCGUAUUCUGUAUGACCUCCAUGCGUCAUCUACUCAGAGCCGCAUAAAACUCAUCACACCUAGUCUCGAUAAGACGUUCUUGCAAGUUAUAAAAGACGCAGAACGUGAUGACACCCUAUUUGGUAAUAAAUUGUCCGAAAACAUUAAGGCAGCGAAGACCAUUGAAAAACAAGGUCUCCAACUCAAGAAAACGUCCCCUAAGAAACCUGCGCCGGCACAGCCGUCGACAAGUCGAGCUUCGUACUCGGGAAACUGGUCAGCGCCCCCUCGUUAUGCUUCGAACAGGGGGGGGCGGAGAGGUGCUCGCAGGCAGACGAAUUACACCAGGCGGACGUUUCCAGCUCCACAACCGGCCAAGACACGUGCCCAGGCACCGUAACGCAGGGACUGCCAUCCCCUACACAAGGGGCUUACCCUGGGGGUCGCGAAGCUCUGCAACAGUCCUUCAGUCGAAGAGGCUCUCCGCCAGAGGCUAUAACACUGAUGUUGGCAUCACUCUCCGACAAAACAAUACAACAAUACGAAGUUACAUAUAAGCUCUGGUGGCAAUUUUGCACCGUUAAUUCUAUUGAAAUUUUAAAUCCCCCAAAAUCGUCAAUAUUUUUAUUUUUUAACAGAACAAUUUAACAAAAAUUGUGCAUACGGCACACUGAAUAGUCACCGUUCAGCCUUAUCUUUGUUAUUGGGAGACAAUGUCGGUUCGGACGAUUGCGUAA